CUACUCUAACCUAAAAAACCUUAUCCUUCAUUUUUGCAUAUCUCCUCCUCUCUAUCCUUUCAAAAUUUUCAUAAACCCAAACAGCACAGCCAUGUCUACGGCUUCAGCUUCUUCACUGGUUCUCCCUUCUCUCAACCCCAAAACCCUCUCUUUAUGUAACCCUAACAGACUUGUUUCCAUCUCUUUCAAGCUCCAUGCCAAACCCUCUUCACUCUUUCUUGUACAACAACAACGCCAAAGUCUUUUUGUCCGACACGUAGCUGUUUCCUCUGAAUUCGGACAAGAAGAGGAUCUUUCUAGCGACGGUGGCGGUGGCCGUAGACUCUCCGAAGAGCAUAAAUUGUUUGUGGGUAAUCUUCCGUUUAAUGUUGACAGUGCUCAGCUUGCUGGCUUGUUUGAAACUGCUGGAAAUGUUGAGAUGGUUGAGGUGAUAUAUGACAAAGUGACUGGAAGAAGCAGAGGAUUUGGUUUUGUUACCAUGUCGUCGGCUCAGGAAGUUGAAGUGGCUGCACAGCAGUUCAAUGGCUAUGAACUUGAAGGAAGGGCAAUACGGGUUAAUGCCGGACCUCCUCCCCCGAAAGAAUCUUCCUUUGGUGGAAGCCCUAGAUUUGGUGGAGGUGGUGGUGGUGGUUAUGGUGGUGGCGGUGGCGGUCAAUCUGAUGGCAACCGGUUGUAUGUUGGUAACCUUUCUUGGAGUGUUGAUAAUUCGGCACUUGAGAGCUUCUUCAGUGAGCAAGGGAAGGUUGUCGAUGCCAGAGUGGUUUAUGACAGGGAGAGUGGUAGGUCAAGGGGCUUUGGUUUUGUUACCUUGAGUUCCGCUGAAGAGGUUGAGAAUGCCCUCGAGUCCUUGAAUGGCGCUGAUUUGGAUGGCAGAUCAAUUCGAGUCUCCGUUGCAGAAUCUAAGCCAAGGCGUCAAUUUUGAGUACUAAACAUUUCCGCUUUUUUACCCUGAACAAGAUGUUACAGGGACUUGGUAGACGAGCAAGUGCAGUGUGGUGCUCAUGCGAAGUAGUCCCCGGAUCAUGAGCCAUGCAUCUAGAUGAACAAGAGCCCUGCAUUGGUGUUAUUUCAAUGUAUGUUUUGGGUGCUGUGAUCCUGAUGAAAAUCUCAUAUGUAGGCUAUUGAUAGAUUUUAUGAACCUGUUACUUAUUCUGGUUUCAGCCUUUUGCCGUGUCUAUUUAUCAUAACUGAGUUGAGUUAGUUAAUGGAAUUCCUCUUGCAAA